AUGAUUUCUAAGCUUAUGCGGGCUGGAGAUGUUAAAGGCGCUGAAAAUACUUUUGAGAACACAGAGAUUAGAGACAUUGUGACUUGGAACUCCUUGUAUGUUGACAAUGGAUUGGUGAGGGAUACCUUGAUGAUAUUUAACAAAAUGCCCCUGAAAGAUAAUUCUAUAAAAGUUGGGGAUUUUGAUAAGGCUGAGGAUGACGGGGACUGCGGUGGUGGUUCGGGCUCCCCAAUUUUGCAGUUACGCAAGGCGGAUAGGAGCCAUGAGCUCGCAAUUGAAGGUUUGGUAGAAAGAGAUGUUGCGACUCUCCAUUGGGAAUUGUCUGUGAAAGAUCAGGGAAAGAAGCAAUGGCCGGACUGGUUGAUUUACUGGUGGGCUACGACAUCUAGUGAAAUUCUAUGA